AUGCAGGGCAAGAAAAAUAUCUUUAGGUUCGUUCACUAUGUGAAGAGAUUGCAUGAAGUCGUUGAUGCCCAUUCUGAUGGAAAAUGCAUAAAUGCCGUUAUACUCAUUGAUGACACUCUUUUCACUGGUGGCUCCGAUGGUAAACUACGCACAUGGAAGGCAGUACCAACGCCUGCUGGUCACAUUGAAUUAACUCCCGAUCUCAUCGUUGACACGGAUGGGCAACCAGUGAUGUCCGUUUACUUCGAACCCACCCGAAACGAGGCCGGCAACAUCACCAACGGAGGUGUUAUGUUCUGCGGACUUGAAGAUGGUCGAGUUAGAGUUUUUGACAAGACCACGGGUGCACAGUUCGACCUGCUUGGUCAUGCUAAGGCCGUGCAUAGUCUUGGGGUCCUGCAAGGGGUAGUGACUGGUGUGAAUAGGGAUUGGGGUUACUAG